GUCCGAUUACGGUCUAUAUAGUACAGUUAGUAACACAGAUUGUCACACCCCUCCACAAUACGACUCUCUCUCUCUCUCUCUCUCUCUCUCUCUGUAUAGUUGUUUUUCUCCAGCUAAGCUAAUUUAUAUUUGCCUCUCCCUCUCCCUCUCCCUCCGUGGGGAGUUCCUUUGUCUCCCAUUCUACUUCAAGAUUUCAUUUUUCUUCUUCUUGCUUCUGGGUUUUGAAACUUGCAAGGUUAAAAAGAUGAUUUUGAUGAUGAAUUGUAGUCAGUGAAGGCUAGGCUUUAAAAGUCUGGUAUUUGGCUGCCGCCUCCCUGCUUCCCCCCUUUUCUGCCAGUAAAUGGGCUGUUUUAGUUCUAAAGUAGCAAGACAGUUCCCUGGACACGAGGACCCUGUUGCCCUUGCCUCACAAACAGCUUUUAGUGUGAGUGAAGUUGAAGCACUUUUUGAACUAUACAAGAGCAUUAGCAGUUCCGUGGUUGAUGAUGGGUUAAUAAGCAAGGAAGAGUUUCAGUUGGCUCUUUUCAAAAACAGAAAGAAAGAGAAUCUCUUUGCAAAUAGGAUUUUUGAGCUGUUUGAUGUUAAGCACAAGGGAGUCAUUGAUUUCAGUGAUUUUGUUAGAUCACUCAAUGUCUUCCAUCCCAAUGCCUCACAAGAAGACAAGAUAGACUUCUCAUUUAAACUAUAUGAUUUGGAUAACACAGGAUUCAUUGAGCGCCAAGAGGUUAAGCAAAUGUUGAUUGCACUUCUCUGUGAAUCAGAAAUGAAGUUGGCUGAUGAGACUGUUGAGAUAAUUCUUGAUAAGACUUUCUUGGACGCUGAUGUAAAUAGAGAUGGGAAGAUAGACAAAUCUGAGUGGGAGAACUUUGUAUGUAGAAACCCAUCCUUAUUAAAGAUAAUGACUCUCCCCUACUUGAGGGACAUCACAACAACGUUUCCAAGUUUUGUCUUUAAUUCUGAGGUGGAUGAGAUUGCUGCAUAGAGGAGGGGGGGGGGGGGCAAGAAAAGAGUGACAUAGGACAUUACUGCAAUUAGAUUGAACAGUAGGUUUUGAUUUUUGGGAAAAAGAGAAUUGUGUUGGUCUGAGUUGCAAGCUUUCAACAUUGAUGAGUGAAAUUAGUUUUUGAGGUUCUCAUCUCAACCGCAAAGCGUCGUUUAUCUAAUCCAUGUUGUAGUGAGUCAAACCUCUGCAGCAGUUAUUAGAGUUGGAUCACAGUUCUCUUUUGUUUGAAUGCGGCUAUUACUAAA